ACUUUCUCAAACAUUGAUUCAGAUCAAUAAAAUGGGUGAUAACCUGGUGUACGCCGUUCGAUCAAGUGAAGGCUUCUACCUGAAGCGCGGGCUGGGCAAAGACGCGGUGACAGUUUUUGAGCAGAAUAAAACCUCGAGAGACGUCGCUUGCAAUGUGUUCGCUUACAGCAACAACGGACAGCUGUUCGCCUAUUGCGAUAAUCAAGUAACACGGGUAUUCGAGAUCGCAACAAACAAGGAGAUUCUUUGUGUGGAGCUGAAAAGAACUCGGAAGAUCUUGUUCUCACCAAAAGACAAUUUCCUGCUCACAUUCGAGCCAUGGGCAGUUUACGGACCAAAGACUGCAGAGAACCAAAAGCCAGAACCAAAUGUGCGAGUCUACAGUCUUGCGGAUGGAAAGCACGUAUCAACGUUCUCAGCUCCAAAAGAAGCAUCGUGGGAGCCUCAGUUUUCGGAUGAUGAGUCGUUGGCUGCAAGAAUGGUUGGCAGUGAAGUCUUCUUUUAUACAAACAUGUCUUUCGACCGUUACGACCACAAGCUUGUCGAGAAGGGUGCGACCAACUUCGCAUUGAGUCCAGGUCCUGCUCCGAAUCACGUGGCUGUCUAUGUCCCUGCCGUUGGAUCCACUCCAGCUCGCGUGCGAGUUCAUCGAGUCUCCGAAUCGUUCCCAGUCGUCGGCAAUCGUACGUUCUUCAAAUCUGACAAAGCCGUAAUGACAUGGAAUCAGCGUGGUCAAUCACUUCUCAUUCUUGCUUCUGUUGAAGUGGAUAAGACAAAUCAAUCUUAUUAUGGAGAGCAAAGUCUAUACCUUAUCAACAUUCAAUCAGGAGAGUCUGUAGUUGUUCCUUUGGAGAAGAAAGGUCCAAUUUACGCUGCAAAGUGGAAUCCCAACGGCCGAGAAUUCGCUGUUUGCUAUGGUUAUAUGCCAGCCAAAGUGACAUUCUAUAAUCCGAGAGGAGUUCCAAUUUUCGACACGAUUGAAGGUCCACGAAACGAUGUUUUCUAUAAUGCAUUUGGAAAUAUUGUUCUGAUUUGUGGAUUUGGAAAUAUCGCGAAGGGAAAAAUGGAGUUUUGGGAUGUGGAGACGAAAAAGGAGAUUAUUUCGAUCGAGGUGCCAAAUACAACUCUUUUCGAUUGGGCUCCAGAUGGUCAACAUUUUGUUACAUGCACCACUGCUCCAAGGCUUCGUAUAGAUAACAGUUACCGCUUCUGGCAUUACACGGGUCGAAUGCUUGCUGAAACUCACUUCGAGUCUCCAAAAGAGCUGUGGGAAGUUCGCUGGCGUCCAAUGACUGGAUACAACAAGUUUGCCAUCAAAGAGCUAACCAAGACGGACAAAAUGGCCGCUGGCUUGCCAAUUCGAAAGAAGGAUGCAUCUCAUCCACUGAAUAAUGUUCCAGCAGGAGCAGUUCGUCAGGCUGGUGCCUACAUUCCACCUCAUCUCAGGAAACCGCUAGGAGGUGGAGGAUCAGCUGGACCACCAUCAGCUGCAGCACCUACGCCAGGAAACCAGAAUCAACGGCCUGCACAGCCACGUGCUAAUGGAAACGGAAAUGCUCCACAACCAUUCCGACCACAGCAAUCGGAACAAGAAAGGAAAGCAUUCCAACUCAAAAAGAAGGUUGAGGAGAUUAAAGUUCUCAAGCAACGAGUGGCGAAUGGCGAUCAACUUCAACCAAACCAAAUGGAGAAGAUCCAACGUGAAAACGAAUAUCUCUCAGAGCUCUCCAAACUGACCAUUUAAAAUUGUGUUCUUUUUUUCUGUGUUUUUCCCUCGAUUAUCAUUUUUUUGUUUCUCUUUUCUCCCGAUUGACUCACCUGUUUCCUAUGAGUUUUAGACUUUAUACAUUCGAGUGAAACCUGAAAUUUUUCCCCAGUUGUUUUGAAUAUCUAUUUAUCAAUUGUCUUCCAUAUUCUUUUAGCCUAUCUUUUUCUCUCCCCAAUCUCUUAUUAUGAUUGUUUAUUUCUUUAAUUAUUAUUGUCAUAAUAUGAACUCCCGUAAUAAGAGUAACAAAAAAGUGAUGAAAUGAAGGAAGUUACGAGC